AUGAGUUCCACAGUUGACGCAAGUCAAACUUCGAUCAAGAUUUCUGAAUAUGAUUCUGAUGAUGAAAUUUUACAGAAGCAGGAGGAAUGUGCAAUAGGUGAAUUAACGACAGAGGACGACUCACGUGGAUACAGCUUCCGUUCAUGCCACAGAACCAAAUCAGGAAAUGGAACUGGAUGUCGCCACUCUCGAUCCACUUAUCUUUAUGAAAGGAAUCCACUACAAGAUCCUCGCUUUACAAGGCUGAUCGAGCUACUCGUGCCUUUGCGUAUUCAAUUACAAGUGGAAAAAAAGAGUAAACUGGAUUCUAAGAAAACAAUAUCCCCACGCGAUGAGAUUUGUUUUAAAGAUAUCUGCCUCAACGAAACUUGCCGUUUAGUGUUUAAAAUAAUGAGCAAAGGCAAUGAAAACGGAGAAGCGCAACGAUAA